GACUUGCUCGUGUGUUUCGCGUCAUCGUAAGAUUUUCGCACUGAAUUUGUCAUCGGGCUAAGAAGUGCUCGUCAAGGAGUGGUGACGGCUUUCCACAAACAAUAUAAGCUGACCAAAGCACAGGUGUGACUUCAUGUCUGCGUUUUACUCUGAAGUGCUCCUUAUCCUUGGCUGGCAGCGAUGACUGAGAUGAUGACCAGCACUGCCAUGGAGGACAUGCAUCUUGGUGCCAAACAAGACAGGAACUCCUACCAGACCUUUAAGGCCUCCACUGCUUUCUCUCCCCAGAUCUUCCCUGACCCCACAGACUUUGAGCGGUGCUGCAAGCUACAGGAUUGCCUGCCCUCCAUCGUAGUGGAGCCCACGGAGGGUGAGGUGGAGAGCGGGGAACUGCGCUGGCCUCCUGAGGACUUUUUGCUUGCUGAGGAGAGCAAGGAGGAGAAGAGGGAAUGCAAUGGUGGGCAGCUGUGUCCUAACACUCCGCAGUAGAGGAACUGUAUUCUCUCCAUCUCUCUCCCUCCCUCCUUUCCUCUGUCCUCUCCUCUGGUGCUUGAAUGUGCUGGGGCUUCCUUCAAGGCCCUGGUUCAUGUAUCACAGCACAUGGGAUCGUCCAGUCCUUUUAAGCCUGGCUUGGCUUAGGUUCAGGCCAUGCAGUUAAGUCCAUUGUGUAACAAGUUUUGGGAUGAACUAAUCCACCCACCACAAACAGGCACGCACACAAAUUGCUCUGAUUUAAAUAUCAAAUGGAUGUAACAUGUUUGCAUUUGGCUUUAGAUGGGAAGUCCAUGUGCUAUACAAUAGAACAUCAGUGUCUGUUUUGCCUCUUGGAAGAAACCCUUCAGCCUCUUAAAAGAUGUGACCAGAACAGGUUCUUUCCCUAAGCUGUUUCAGAGGCCUACAGGAAUUCUGUUCACUGUGAGUAGUGACGUGUCAUUGCAGUUUAGACAUUGUAUGAAUAUUGUCACACAGAAAUACUCUUGGAUGCCCUUUUAAAUUGUCCAUGUUAUGUAUGUGUUUUUCCUUUUCUUACGUAUUCCUCUGGGGUGAUGCAAGAAUAGUUUACAAUGCCCAGAGAUUAGGAGAGUGUGCAACCAUGCAUUUUCAUGUCCUGUCUGUAUAUGUGUAUCAUGUCACUUAGGAUUUGAAUAUAACCUCUUUGGAUAAUAUGUAGUUGGCUAAGGAAGGUUUCAGAAUUCUCACGCAGUGAUUUAACCUUGGCCAAGAGACACUAAAAGUGGCCUAAACGUGACCUGAACUGGGCUUCAGUCUUUCAAAUUGUGACGUAGAAUUAAUAGAUGCUCUGUCUCGUCAGCCUUUUUUUCUAGCUGUCUCCUUUUGGGGCUGUAGUUUUGUUAGUGUUACUGUUCAACCAGCAGUUUGUUCACUAUUUUGUACAGCUCAGGGAAAUACCUUUUCCCCACUGUUUUAUAUUUCUGCUCCCUCUGUUGUGGAAACUGUUGUUCCACUUCAAUAAACCCAUCAGUGGUGUAUUCA